GUUAAACAAAAAAUCCCUAUUCAUUCAAUUCGUUGUCGGCUGUCUAGAAUAUUACCAAUUUUUAAUAAAACGUGCAAAGAUUUUUAUUAUUUUGUGUAAAAGUUAUUUGAAAUGGCAGCGAUUAGCUUAUUAAAUCCCAAAGCUGAGGUUGCAAGAGCAGCUCAAGCUUUAGCAGUUAAUAUUUCAGCAGCAAAAGGUAUUCAAGAUGUAAUGAAAUCUAACCUAGGACCCAAAGGCACCAUGAAAAUGUUGGUCUCUGGAGCUGGUGAUAUCAAGAUCACUAAAGAUGGUAACGUUCUUUUACACGAAAUGCAAAUUCAACACCCAACUGCUUCAUUAAUCGCUCGUGCAUCCACUGCUCAAGAUGAUAUUACUGGAGAUGGCACGACUUCCACAGUUCUUGUUAUUGGCGAAUUAUUAAAGCAAGCUGAUUUAUAUAUUUCUGAAGGAUUACAUCCUCGAAUUAUUACAGAAGGUUUUGAUAAAGCUCGUCAAAAAACAAUGGAAAUUUUAGACAAAUUUAAAAUCCCAAUUGAAAUCAAUCGUGAUCAAUUAUUGGAUGUGGCUCGAACAGCAUUGAGAACUAAAGUUCAUCAAAAAUUAGCUGACGUUCUCACAGAAGUUUGUGUUGAUGCUGUAUUGGCUAUUAGACAAGAAGAUAACCAAGUUGAUUUACAUAUGGUAGAAAUUAUGGAAAUGCAACAUAAAACUGCUACUGAUUCCCAAUUAAUCAAAGGUAUUGUUUGCGACCAUGGUUCCCGUCAUCCUGAUAUGCCAAAACGUCUUACUAACGCUUACAUUUUAACAUGUAACGUCAGCAUGGAGUACGAAAAAUCCGAGGUAAAUUCGUCAUUUUUCUACAAAACAUCUGAAGAACGUGAAAAAUUUGUAACUGCAGAACGUGAAUUUAUCGAUCAACGUGUACGUAAAAUUGUUGAAUUUAAAAAGAAACUUUGUGAUGGUACUGAUAAAAAUUUCGUCAUAAUUAAUCAAAAAGGAAUUGAUCCAAUGUCUUUGGAUAUGUUAGCUAAAGCUGGAAUCAUGGCUUUACGUCGUGCAAAGAGGCGUAAUAUGGAACGUUUAGCUUUAGCUUGUGGUGGAAUUGCUUUGAAUCACUUAGAUGAUAUCGAAGAGAAACACCUCGGUUUUGCUGGCGUUGUAUAUGAACAUGUCCUAGGAGAAAAUAAAUAUACAUUUGUAGAAGAAUGCAAAAAUCCAUUAUCAGUAACAAUUCUUAUUAAAGGACCAAACAAACAUACUUUGGCUCAAAUUAAGGAUGCUGUUCGUGAUGGAUUACGUGCUAUCAACAAUGCUGUUGAAGACAAGGCUUUAGUUCCCGGUGCUGGAGCUUUUGAAAUUCAUGCAAAUAAUGAAUUAUUGAAGUUCAAGGAUACGGUUAAAGGAAAAGCCCGUUUAGGAAUUCAAGCUUAUGCAGAAGCCUUGCUUGUUAUACCAAAAGUAUUAGCAGUAAAUUCAGGUUACGAUGCACAAGAUACGAUUGUGAAAUUACAAGAGGAAGCUCGUUUAAGUUCACCUGUAGGAUUGGAUUUGGCUACUGGUGAGCCAAUUAAUCCUGUCACCAAUGGAAUUUAUGAUAAUUACGUAGUUAAAAAACAAAUUAUCAAUUCUUGCUCUGUUAUUGCAAGUAACCUUUUACUUGUUGAUGAAAUUAUGAGAGCUGGAAUGAGUAGUUUAAAAGGUUAAUAAAAUAAAUUACUUACUGUUUUCGAUUUAUUAUUUUCACUGCGUUUUGUUUUUUACUCACAGCUAAUUAAUAUU